GUCAAUGAUGUCAUUCAUGUAUUGAAUUUCUGGAAUUCUAAAAGAUGGUAGUGGAAAAGAAUAUAAUUUGUUAUAGUGUCUAGUGAUUGUGUUAGAUUUUAUUUUACAAUAAUUGUUAUUUGCCAUUAUUAUAGACUUAAAGCAUUUUUCGUGUGUUUUAUACGGUUUUUUAAGUAAAAUCUCGUGUAAAUUUUAUGUUUUAGGUAAAAUGGGAGACGAUUCUGAUUUAGCUUCAAUUCCUCCCCCACCGGGUACGACAGAAAAUCCACCGCUGCCGCCCAAUCCACCUUCACCACUUUCGUCUAAAACUGAAAACCCAAAUAAUCAAGCGGUACCCAAUUGGUCGCAUUAUUAUUACAAUAACUUCUACCAACAACAGCAGUAUGCCCAAUACUAUCCGCAGCUAUACAUGAUGCCUGGAUAUUACCAGGCGUAUUUGAACCAAUUCAAUAAAACGGAUGACAAAGUUCAGCCCCCUUUACCCCCCGAAUCCCCUAAUCCUCCCUUACCAAGCUCUCCGGCCGACGGCUCUCUAUCGAAUCAACCGAAACAAUUUGGAAUACGGUUCCAAUUAAACACUAAGCGUUUACCCCAAAACAACGGUAUUUUGCUAUUCAACCAGAAGAAUAGCAACUCUCCCAACAGCGGCGCUUCGAAGAAAAAAAGGAAACGGAACAGGACUAAUAAUUUUAACAAUUCCCAAAACAAUUUCUCGGCUCCACCAUUGCCUCCUCCGGAAUUGUCUCCUCCCAAGCCUGCGCCUCCUCCGGAAACCAUGCCUCCCGAACCGCCGUUGCCUCCUCCCGUCGAGGACAAAAAGCCUCCGUUGCCCCCUCAGGAAUCGACAGAAAAUAACGCAAAGAACGGCUACGGGAAUCCCUCCGACGAUUGGCCAGAGAGUUUGAAAGAUUACGUGCAUCGUAGUUACGCGAAAUGCAAAACCGCCAUCGAUAAAAACCAAGUUGAAAUCAUAUUGAAAGGUAAAAUUACUCAGGCUUAUCAGAAUAACCAGUUGCACAAGGAUUGGAGCAAAGAACCUUUGCCGAACAUUCACAGCGAACGACCUGCAUUUACUGGUCAGCCUAAAACUGUAACAGGCCAUUUGAGCCAGUUCCAGAAUAAAAAGAAAGGUAUCUCGCCCGGUUUGGGUGCCAGAUUAGGAGCAAGAGCAACCACUUUAAGAGGAAAAAGUAAGUCUUCUUCUAGGUCAAGAUCCAGGUCGCCGAUAGGAAAGAAGAAGUCUAGAUCAAAGUCCAGGAGUCCUAAGAGGAAUCGAAGCUACAGCGGGAGUUCAAGUAGCACCGCAGAAGAGUCUUUGAAAUUGCCAGCGAAGGUGCCGAAGAAGGCGAAAGGAAAAUUGGCGGAUAGGUUAGGUCCAACGAAAAUUAAAAAUGGCAAAGCUGCUAAGAAGCAAAAGGCCAAAGCCAAGAAACCUCAUUUCUAUUCGAAUUUCGGCAGCGAACUCGAGGAAAGCAAUGAAGUAUUGCAGCAAAGAGCUGCCAGGUUUAAUACAAUUAGUAAUGGUACAAAAUCGACGGAUAACGGAAUGAGUCCUACACAGGAUAAAUUCAACGAUAUUAAUUCAUCAAUCAACUUCGACUGGUCAGAUUGUCACAUUGUGGGCACUUGUCAAGACGUGGAGAAAUCUUUUCUUCGAUUGACUAAAGCACCUGACCCAUGUGAUGUUCGACCAAUUGAAGUGUUGCAAAUGUCGUUGGAGACCAUCAAGGAGAAAUGGCGGCUGAAACAGGACUAUUUCUAUGCAUGCGAUCAGUUAAAAUCGGUGCGACAGGACUUGACGGUACAAGGAAUAAGGAACGAAUUCACGAUAAAGGUUUACGAAACUCACGCGCGUAUCGCUUUAGAAAAAGGCGAUCACGAGGAAUUUAAUCAGUGUCAAACGCAAUUAAAAAUGUUGUAUAAUGAUAUAGGAGGAAUUAAUAGAAAUGAAUUCAUGGCGUAUAGGAUCCUAUAUUACAUAUUCACCAAAAAUACAUUAGAUAUAAUGACGACCAUGAAAUAUUUAAGUAACGAAGAAAAAUCUGAUCCUUGCAUAUCGUUCGCGUUAAAAAUUCGUUCCGCGUGGGGUUUGGGUAAUUUCCAUAAAUUUUUUUCACUUUAUCAACAAGCACCUUUAAUGACUGGCUACCUAGUCGACUGGUUUAUCGAGCGAGAACGAAAAGAUUAUCUAAAGUGUAUUAUUAAAAGCUAUCGGCAGUCCGUUUCUAUGAACUUCUUAAUGCAAGAAUUGGCCUUCCGAUCGGCAGAGGAGUGUAUAGAAUUUUUAAACCCGUUUUCUUUAAUUUUCGUGGAUUCUCAAAGGACUAUGAUCGAUUGUAAGAAUAGCAUGGCUGUUCUUUCUAAUAUUUAAUUCAUCCGCUCGUACUCCAGUGAUUUUUUAUCGUUUAGUAAAACCCAUAUAGUAAUGAUAACACAAUUUUGACCAAAUGUGGUCACCGAUUAAGUUGUCCUGCAAAAUAUUGGACUAUACCGGCGGGAUCUUCGUCUUUUUCUGGAUGCUGAUUUUAUUCGAUUCCAAAGAUCGACCACCUUUCGUGUUUUACAUUGGUGAUCCUUUCCAAGGUUUGGUGAAAAUCCCUUUGUAUUUUAUAUGUUUUUGUCAUGUUUUAGUGACAUUGGAUCUUUUGCAAGCAAUGGGCACACACAACACUUGUAAAUAUGUAAAUAAUAUUAAUAAAACAAGAUUGCCUAUUUC